CGGUCUGAGCUGAGAGUCUCAUAUUUCAGCUCCGCCUUCACAUUCCAGGCCUACCCAGGCUACUCUCAAAAGAUUUCGAAAAUGGAGCCUCUCACAACUAGUUAUCCUCUGAAAUACUCAGUGCCCAAAGCCAGGGUCUUUGUUGUCUUCCUGUCAAUGGUUUUGUGUACCACCAUUCUCUGCCUGCUGCAACUCAGUUUUUUUAAACCUAAAAUCAAAGAUUUUUAUUCUUUUGAAGUCAAGGAUUCACGAGGAAGGAUCAUUUCCUUGGAGAAGUACAGAGGGAAAGCAACUUUGGUUGUAAACGUGGCCAGUUACUGCCAAUACACAGACAAAAAUUACAUCGCACUGCAAGAGCUACACAGAGAGUUUGGUCCCUCCCACUUCACUGUGCUGGCGUUUCCCUGCAACCAGUUCGGAGAAUCAGAGCCUAGUUCAAGCCAGGAAAUAGAAUCUUUUGCCAAAGGAAACUAUGGAGUAACAUUCCCUGUUUUCCACAAAAUCAAGAUCCUAGGAUCAGAAGCAGAUCCCGCCUUUAAAUUUCUAAUAGAUUCCUCAAAGAAAGAGCCUCGAUGGAAUUUCUGGAAGUACCUUGUCAGCCCUGAGGGUAAAGUUGUGAAAUUCUGGAGACCCGAAGAGCCAAUAGAAAGUAUCAAGCCAGAAGUAACGUCAUUAAUCAGGCAGAUUAUCAUGAAAAAAAGAGAAGACCUCUGAAAAGGCCAUUCAACACCAUAGUUUUACAACACCUUUAAACUCUUCAGCCUUCUCCUCACAUUUGUGCUGAAGAACAGUGCCUCAGACAUGAUCUCCUUUCCUGCUGGAUUCCUUCUCUUCUGACCUGGAUGAAGGCAGGGCCUGUGUAAAUAUACAUGGUUGUUUACGGAAGGAUUCAAGGGGCAACAAAAAUCAAGAGCCCAGCACUCUAACAGACAUCUUUCUGACACAGUCCAAAACAAUGCUCCUCAGUCACCCACCUACCUCAUCUCUAGAAUAAAAUGGCAAUCUUCAAGUAGAGGUAGAAGAAGGGGCUGAAGGUUCAUGGCUGAAUCCCCACUCUUCUCACCUUGCAACCUCCCCAGUCCUGCAUGUAACUGCAAACCCAUUUCCAGUUCUGUCCCACUGUUCUAUUACAAACUGCCAAGUGUUUUGAUUUAUCUCUUUGAAGAAGGGAGAUAGUAAAUAUGAUUAAGAAACCUCACUCCAGCUGCCCGUGUCUUGAAGGAGGGCUGAGAAAAUAGAAAUGAGAAAAAACUGUCUCAGUGGAGUUUUCUAUAUGAAAAGAAUGGAUAGAAUUAGUUCUGUUCUCUUGUAAGACUAACAGUGAUUGAAAAUACCUAAAGUGCUUCAAAAUUUUUUUCCAGUAACAGCCACUUAACUGUAUUAAAAGGCGAGAAAUUCAAAAGAAAUAAAAAAAACAACAAACAAA